AAAGUUACAUAAGUAAUUAUACACAAGGGAUAAAAUGUCACUGUGGCAGGUUGUUGGUGCCAACAGAGUGAGCCUGGCGGGUUUGGGUUAUCGGGUUUAUCGCGUACCGGGAGUGUCGACGCGUUACGGCGUGGCAGAUGUGGAUGCAGAUGUGGAUGCAGACAGCCGGAGCUUCUGCUUGUCCCGAGAGAAGCUCAACAUGCAGCAACUCAACCAGAGACUGGCCUCGUACCUGCAGCAGGUCCAGUGUCUGGAGGCGGCCAAUCAGAGGCUGGAGCAGGAGAUCCAGGAGGAGCUGGACAGGAAGUGUCCCCGAGAGCGGAGACAGCUGGACGGACACCUGAGGACGGUGUCCCUGUUGCAGGAACUGCUCAGUGAGGCUCUCUCGGCCCAGGCUCAGGUGAAGCUGCAGCUGCUCGGUGCAGAGCUCACUAUUCACGACUUCAACGUCAGGUGUGAGAAGCAGCGUGAGCAGCGUGGUCGUGUGGAGGCGGAGCUGAGCAAUCUACGGUGUCUCGACGAGGAUCUGAAGAUCCAAACACUGCCGGAGCUCCAGAGCCUCAUCAGCGAUCAAGAACAACAUCUGGUGCAGCUGCAGAUACAACACCAACAGGACACGCAGGGUCUCCUGGCGCAGACAUCAGUGGGCGUCGACGUGGCAAUGCAGAGCGCUGAGUCAUCAGAUCUGAUCCGGAAACUGGAUGUCCUGAGACAGACGAGCGGGAACCACUUCCUGUUCAACACCCAGGUGUCCAUGUUGAGUUCUCCAGAGGCGACCUUUGACCCUGCAGCGGAGUCCGAGCUGGCGGAGCGGAGGAGAACAGCAGCGAGUCUGGAAGAAGAGCUGACACAUAUGCAGGCUCUGAACAUGGCGUUGGAGGCCUCUGGUCGGGAACAGACCGAGUCCUUCACGCAGCAGCUGGUGGUCCUGCAGCAAAGAGCUGACAGUCUGUGCAGAGACUUGGACUCAGCGCUGCAGACCACAACGCAGCAGGCUGCCGACAAUCAGAUCCUGCUGGAUGUCAAGAGCCGACUGGAGGCCGAGAUCCUGGACUACAGGAGGCUGCUGGAUGGACUGAGCCUGCAACGGGUCUCAAGUCUUCAAUCUGACUCUUUCUGUGCUACAACUAGCCCCUCUGCCUUCAGAAGAAACAUCACAGCGAACAAAACAAUCAGUGUUCAGGGAAGAAAUUUUAGUAUGGUUGGGGUUCAGACCUUCCCUCAAGGCCACAUCGGACCUGUAGUUGCCCCACUCUCAGAAACAGUGACCACAGUUCAGCCAAUCAAUGUCCAAAGCAAACAUUCAAACAACCCGACAGUGAAACCAAUAAACACCUCAAAUCUGACAGAUUCAUUCCAUAAGUCUGAAAACCAGAGAAUGGGAGUUCUUUCCGAAAAGACCGGGAGGGAAUGCAUGACCAUUAGCGUGACAAUCGACAAUCAGAGCAGCCCUGUGGAGGCUAAAGUCCACACUAGAGAUUGUGAUCUGCAGAACUCAAAUGUUAGUUUAGACGAAGGACCAGUUGCCAAGGCUUCUAAAUCGGAGAUAAAUACUGCACAAGCAAUCAAGACGCUGGUUCCUAACACACAAUCUGCAAAGAGUACUAUUGUUCAAGCAAAAUCAGAACAUUUUACUUCCAAACAAACUACCACAGAAGCUGGGUUGCAGGCCUCUAAAACAGGGACAAACAUUCAAACAGAAAUCACCAAAAACAUUCUUACUGCAGAACCAGAAGCAAAGGAGGGAUCACAUCACGUACCACAUACCAUGACAACUGAUCCCAGAAAACAAACUGCUGCAGAGGUAAAAAAAGAGACAGAAACGGUGAUCUUGGCUCAAAUGAAUUGCAAUGAGGGCUACAUCCAAGCUAAGAACCAGGAUCCUGCCCAGGUUGUGUCUUUGAGUUUGAAGACUCCAGCAGAAACUGACGGGGAUAAAGGGGAAGUUGCUGUUACUGCAUCCGUUGUCUCUGGAUCUCAAAUUCAUAAGUCUGAAGGGGCUCAGGGUAAGGUCUUGGGUAAAGAAGCUGUUGUCAAACCUUCUAACCUGCAGGUGAAUAUUGCAGAAGGAACCACGACAUUGGUUCCUGAUACACAGUCUGCCAGAAGUACCUCUGUUCAGGCAAAACCAGAAAGUUUUACUUCCACACAAACUACAGCAGAAGCUAGUUUCCAAGCUACUAAAACAGGAACACACAUCCAAACUGAGAUCACUAAAACCCGUCUUUGUGCAGAACCAGAAGUAAAGCAAGAAUCACAUUUUGCAACAAAUACAACCACAACUGAUCCCAGCGAAAAAAACGCUGCAGAGGUAAAGAAAGAGACAACAACUGUGAUCUCGACCCAAAUGGAUUGCACUGAGGGCUACAUCCAAGCUAAGAACCAGGAUCCUGCCCAGGUUGUGUCUUUGAGUUUGAAGACUCCAGCAGAAACUGACGGGGAUAAACGGGAAGUUGCUGUUACUGCAUCCGUUGUUUAUGGAUCUCACCUUCUUAGGUCCGAGGAGGCUCAGGUAAACGUCUCUGGUGAAUUGACCCUAAUCCAUGACAUGGACAUAGAAAGAGAAGAAAGGAAGGGAGAAGAAGUAGUAGGUACAUUGUCCAAUGCAUCCAAUAUUGGAACAAACAAAGUCAUGAAGGAUGCAGAUUUAGGAUCUGGUAUUGGAACUGAUUCACACAGUAGCCCAGAGAGCAACGGCAACCUUGAAAGUACAGAGAUUUUGGAGAAAGUGGAAGUAGAAAUGAACAAAGGGAAGGCUAUCGAUGGUUUCCAUGAUACCAACGAGGUAAAGGUGGACCCUGCUGAGAUGGACAAUGAGAUUGUUAAUCCAGCUGGUCAAGAAGCAUUGUUGAGUACCACAAAGUCAAAAAGUCUAACAGAAACUGGUAUGACUUUGAGUUCAUCUGACCAUGAAAUGAUUCAGAGUCCAAGUGAAGUUCACACAUUUGUGAUCCCUACAAAACCACUCACAUGCUCGAGUCCAGAAACAUGUCUGAGCCCAGAUGACACAGAGGUGUUAAUGAGCAUGGCAGAUCAAGUAUUUUUCCCACUUGAUCCAGAAGAGCAUGUUAUAAGUCCUGGUUCUAUUUAUCCUCCAAAUGACCCAGCAAUGUUUCUCAGCCCAAAUGAAUCCGACACAUGUUUUAGUCCAGUUAAUGCUAAGGGGUGUCUGAGUCCAAAUGGUGAAGAAGACGAGGAAGUAUGCCUGAAUCUGACUGAGGCAAAUGCAAACGUGAGACAGCUUGAGAAAUACAUUCUCUCUACAAAAGAGGAAGGCCAGUCCCUGUCAUCUAGUAGAGAUCAAGCUUUGCAGGAAGUGGACAUAAAUAGAAAAGUUAGCAUUUCAGUGAGAGAUGGGAACAGUUUGUGUAUUGGAUCACUUGAAGGUAACGAAGGAAGAAGCGAUACAAUCAUCAACUCUGGACCAACCAGUCGAGGGAUCGGCCUUCAGCUGUGCAGCGGUCUUGGAGUCCAGAAUCUAGGUCUAGGAGGGAAGUAUGGCUCGGAAGAACAAAAAGAGACUUCCAGUAUAGAUUGUGAGGUGAGGGGAAAUAAAAACAGUGAUCGGAUGGUUGCAAACAAGCCAGGUAAUAGUGAAAGGGUGUUUGUUAAGUCAGCUAGCUUUGGAAGUGUCCCUGCCAAUGGAGGAACUACCUUGAGCAGUAUGGCUAGUGAUCUGGGAGCUAGUUUUGGUGGGACGGCUGCUAAUUCAUCAGGUACAGUCAGUUGUAAUGCAGAAGCUACUACAGCAGGGGAACAGGGAAUAUUCAGGCGUGGCAGUGGAGACUGGAUGGUUUACAGCAGCGGUCUGGGACGUACAAGUAGGAUCUUACCCAGCACAGGGAGCCAAGAAAGCCUGUCGGGAGCAACAAGCCGACCAGAAACAGGGAGAUUUGGCAGAAGAGGAAGUGGGGAGGGGGUGGUUUAUGGUGGAAGUAUUGGAAUUGAGAGCAGCCUGGAAGGUGCCGCUAGCUUACCAAGUAAAGGAAAAGAAGAAGGCACAUCAGUGGCAACAAACUCUUUAACAAGUCCACAAGAAACAGGGAGAUUUGGCAGUAGAGGUGGUGGAGAGUGGAUGGUUUAUGGAGGCAGUCUUGGACAAAAGAGCAGCUUGUCCAGAACAGGCAGUGAAGAAAGUCAGUCAGUGAACGUGCUCCCUGCAGCAAGCCCGUCAGCGAAAAGAAGGUUUGGUAGCGGAGAGUGGAUGAUUUACAGCGGCAGUUUUAAAUGCAGUGAUAGCUUACCCAACGCAGAGAGCAGAGAAAGCCAGUCAAUGACCACACAAGUACCAACAAGCCCACCAGAAACAAGGAGAUUUGGCAGCAGAGGGAGUGGAGAGUGGAGAGUCUAUGGGGGGAGUACGGGACGUAUGAGCAGAGCGGCUGGCAGCGAUAACUUAUUUAAAGCAGGCAGCGAAGAAAGUCUGCUAGCAACAAGCCAACCAGGAGCACUAAGAGCACGGAGGUUUGGCAGUGAAGAUAGUGGAGAGUGGAGAGUCUAUGGUGGGAGUACUGGAAGUUUGAGUAGUGCUAGUAACGCAGACAGGGUCAGCAAAUACAGCCAAGUCAUCAGUCCGCCAAGUAGCUACACAAGUAGUGGACAAAGACUCAGUAGUGCUGGGAGUGAUGGCAGGCUCAGUUCAGGAGGGGUUGUUCGGCGCAGCAGCAGUUUAGGAAGUGGUGGUAGGUUAAGUAGCUCAGGUAGCGGUAGCAAGCUCAGCAGCUCAUCCAGGAACCAAAGAACUGGCAGCUCAUCUGGAAGAUUUGCUAGCACUGGCAGCGGCGAAUCAAAGCCUGUUUACAGCUCAGUGAGUGGACGUAGGAGUUCUGGAGGAGGGACAACCAGCCGCCAAAGAGCCCCAAGCCCCGGGGGGAGAAUAAAUGUGGGUAAUGGUGGGUGGCAGAGCAGUUCACCAGCUGGUGGGAGUCGCGUUAGCAGCACUGGGAGCGGGUCUAAGCUUAGCAAUGCAGGUAGCGGCGACCUAAUUAGCAGCAGAGCUGGUGGUGGAAGGAUCAGCUCCUCUGGGUCAGGGAGGACCAAUAGCACGGGGGGGAGGGUCAUCAGCAGCAGCGACCGGCCAAUCAGGAGCACCGGUAGCGGAGCCGGAGGCAACAAGGAGAGAAUCAGUGUUUGUAAGAUGGCGGCGCUGUCGAUCUCUGCAGCAGGGAGGCAGAGGAGUCAGGACCAACAAAGACAACAACAGGCUGCAGCUACGUCUCCCCGCGUCCAGCGAUGGCUGACCACGGGGGUCAGUGUCACGAGCGCCGAACCUGACGGCCUUGAUGACAUCAUGCGCCUGUGAUUGGACAACUUGGGAGGAACGGAGUGACAUCAUGAUUUGAAAUUCAAAACUAUAUUGCAAAACAAACAUUUUGGUGAUUAAAGCUAAUACUGAUUUUUAAGGGGACUUUAAGAGACUCAUAAUUAGGAUUGUUUGUUAAAAUCAAAACAUUGCCCAACCCUACUCAUGAUCAGCACUUCAGUUUCAUUUUCUUAU